AGACAAUUCAGAUGUGAUUGUCAAUAUCACAGACAGAUCUCACAGAUUGACAAAGUCCGACAGAGGGCAACAAUUUGGGCAGAGAACAAUACAUAGAUCACGGAAUCAUGAUAAACAAGGGCGGUCGUCGACAUUUGCUGCGGUGUCAUCUCGUCUUCUCUCGCUUGCGCUGCGUUUCGCUCCUUGUGAUCUUCGCUGCAUGCUUUGCAACGUUGAUUGAGCAUGCUGUUAUAUUAGCAGCUGCGAAAAGUAGUAGAAGUAGAACAGGAUCAGCUACUGAUCCAGUCCGAGGGAAAAGUACCCGGGAAGAACAAGACGAACGGCACGAGAAGCAGUACCGACUUCUAGCUACGCGCCUGACCCGCGUGUUUUCGGCCAAGAAUGCGCAAGUCUCCGAGAACGGUCGUCGUCGUGUGGCCGCGAACAAGCAGAACCAAGCAGCGAAUUUUCGGAGAGGGGCAAGCGAAGCAGAAGGAGAAGCUGCCAGUGUGCUUGCGCAAAUCAAGCAAGAUCAUGAGGGGAUUACCAGCGCGGCGCGGUGGGAGCAGACCGAGACUGACAAAAGAACGAGGCGAACCGGGGGAGACCAUGCUGACGGUGGAACCGAGUUGCGCGUCUUGCCACAACAACCGCAAGGGGAAGAAGAGAGGACGACCGGCGCUGUGUAUUCUACGAUUUUUACAACCAAAAGUCCAGAUGAAGAACCCGGAUCGCCUGGACCUGCAUUUCAAUUUCUGGAAGCGAGGCUCGGAGAACGUCUGGGUGCGGUAGAGGGCGGACAAGAACAGCACCUAGAACAAGAUAUUGAUUUUGCGCUGGGCAGCAGCCACACCCAGAAAGUAGAACAUGCAAACUCAGCACCUACCUCGUCGGGGGCCGGCACUGAAACUGGUAGUGGCCUCGCAUGGCAGCAAAAGGUGCAGCGACUGGAGGACGUGGUAAGCCAGCUAGGGGACGUCGUGCGGGAACAGGGAGAGACGAUUCGGCACCUGCGGAAAGAGCUAGCAACCCAGCAAGUUUUCCAGAACACGACCGCAGCUCGCAUCGGGAGUGCGGGCGCAGUCAACGAGAUCAUCGAGCAAAACCACAUCGCGUGGUCGCUUGCGAACAUGCGCAAGGACUUCGUCGUCAUGCUCGUGCUUCUCGUUAUUGGCUAUGUGGCUGUGCUGAUAGGCUUGGCCUUACCCACAAAGCUUGUGUUUUUUCCGCCCGUACUUUACCUCCCGGCACCGGACGAGGACCCUGUUGAAGAUCAUGUUGACCGCAGUGAACAACAAACAGCGGACGCAGGAGCAGUGGACGCGCUCCGCGAGCAGCGCCAACGACCGGUACGAAAGUUCAUGCUGUUGCCGCGCUCGUUCGCAACGCAAGACACUCUGUCGAGCGUCUGCCAGUUUCAAGACAGCAGCGCGGGCAAGAUCUGGACCUCUUGCCUCAUCGUCUACGCGGUGUGUGCGCUCCUCUCUCGGUACACGAUGGUUGCCGGUCUCUAUCCGUCUUGGUGUUCGAACCCGUCGUGGGCUGCGAAAGAUGAGGCUUGGUCGUCCACUACUCUCCUCAGUUUAAGCGGGAUGCCAGCUGGGGAGAUGUUGUUUCGCGUCCUCUGGUUGGUGCUUCCGUGCGUGGUCGGCCUCAUGCUCACUGCAGCUGUGCCCAGCACAAGCGACGACGCCCUGCUUCGGGCAACGCAACAGGAAAACACCGAACAAGACGGACAAGUUAUGCCUUGUUCUACCGAAGGAGAUGUUAAUAAAAUGCGCGAAACGGAUCUUCCUCGCGUACAAGAAUCCGUAUCCGAUGACGCGAUGCAAUGCUAUCGUGUGCGAAACGCGCGAUGGCAAAGAAUCAUACACGUGGUGUGUGCCCCUCUGGCGAUGGCAGUGUUGUUAAGUAGUUUUUGA